AAAAGCCUGGGAAUUCCCAGCCACUAGCUGUCUGGAGCAUUACAAUUUGGGAAUCCCCAGUGUGAAUGCACAUACUGGUACUGUCAUUUUAUUAAAAAAAACAUGCAGGGUAUCGUAAAACAUUCUAGAACGUGCCUGUCUAGUAGUGUGAUAUCAAAACAAACAUGGACUUGAGGCAUUGAACAGUUUCAGAGAAAGGAAAUGAAUUCUGCUUCCACAAAUCAGCCAUGGGAUGACUGUUCCAUGGAUGGAGAAAGAAAACAAGCUCUAAAGGAAAUUAUCCACUGGCAGGAGAUAAACUAUGGCACAUGCUUCUGCAUACAUCCCAGAUCUAGACAAUCUCACUCCUGGGCUACUGGAUUUACCCCUUGCGGUCAACAGAGGAGACCUGACUGGCAUACAAGAGGCACAGGCCAAACGUAAACUAAACCGACGGAUCCCUCUGAUAACAAGAGAACUUAAAGAUCGUCCAAUAUGUCACGGAAAUAGAAAUUAUGUAGGUAUGCUGCAUUACAGACUACAGGAGAAGGACAAAGCCAUUAUAUGUUGGGAAAAGACAGUUGAAGAGGAUCCUACAAACCUCAAUGCCAUAAAAGAUCUAUGUACUGCAUAUGCCAAGCUUGGAGACCACAAUGAAUCAAGUAAGUGGCAUACACAUCUUGAAGAUAUCCAGAGCAAACUAUCUGGCAAACCAGAUGAGGAAAAGCUAGUGAAUGCUCGUUGCCAAUUCGAGCAAGCCUUUGCUGCAUGCUGGGACCUGCAUACACAAACAUGGAGCAAAGGGAUAAUGCAAAUGGAGCAAACUGUGGAGAAAUUAAGGGCAGCUCUGGAGUAUGCAGGAGGUGUUAUCAGCCAGGAUGAGAAAGAGGAUUGGUGCUUAGCGAUUGGGCAAGCCUAUGAACGUCUAUCUCACAGACACAAACGUAGCAACAAUAUUCCACAAUAUAUAAAUUCAAUUGAUAUGGCAGCUCAGUAUCUGCACUUAUCCAUGUCUUCCUCAAAGCACACCUUGCACAUGGCUGAGGCAUGGGGUGUCCUUGGAAAUGCACUGACUUACAAUCCGACUGAUACACCUACUUCUAUACCUGGAUUUAUUGAUAAGAAGUAUAACAAAUAUUGGCAUAAACCCUCACUGUGUUAUGACAAAGCACUUGAUCUCGACCCCGGUAAUGCAUGGGUUUUGGGAAACUAUGGUCAUCUGCUAUAUAUGCAAGGCGAGUAUUCAGCAGCAAUCAAGAAACUUGAUGAAUCCAUUACAAAUGACCCGAGUGCUUCAUCAUGGUUUUCCUAUGACAUCUUAUCCAAAGCAUACACAAAAUUAGCAAGGAACACAGAUGACAAAUGCCGGCAAGAAAGGUAUCAACGCCUAGCAACUGAGUAUUCACAGAAGGCAUACAGUUUUAAUCCCAAUCCUCGGACCAAGUCUCAAAGAGGUGAAAUAGCCCUUGACAUGGCCAAAUCUUCCUCUACUGAUCAAGAAAAGAAAUACUUUUCACUGCAAGCCCUUGGACAUUUUACAGAGUCCUUUGAGAUCCAAGAUGGAAUGGACAUAAGUGAUGCCCACUUCAAGCAGGGUAAAUGUCUUUUAGACAGGGACAGGUGGUCAGCAGUACAAUCUUUCAAAAUGGCAAUUAGUACCAGCUGUAGCAGAAGUUAUCAAGAGAGAAUAGUAUCUAAGUAUUUGCUUCCAAAUUACUUAGACCACUAUAAAGCUGAACAAAAACCCAAGAACCUUCUUGCAGAGUUGGCCUUCUGGAUUACUGAUGCUUGUGUACAACAACAAUCUGCAACCCUCAUUUUUGAGAACUUAGGUAAGUUGGCCCAAAGGAAAUUUCAAAACGAAAUCCUAGAUGUCAUGGAGUACAUAGUAUUGAACCAACCAACUGUGAUUAGUGUGAGUGGAAUGAUCACUGCAGGCUUCAUCAUCUUAAGAAAGACAUCUUUCAAGAGAUAUAACUAUAAGAGAUUGCAAAAUCUUGAGAGUCAGCAUAACAGCAGGAUACAUUCUUCAAUCUUUGUAUCCACUUCCCUGCCAGAUAAUGUGCCUCCAGAGAAAGCACAGAAUCCAAACUGUGAAUGUGACUUCUACGUCAUUACACCAAGUGAAUGGACUCGAUGGGUACAAUACAAUCUUCUUGCUGGUAUGGAGUGCGAUUUCUACUCUCUGAAAGGUUACUAUCAAGAAAGGGAUACACCAAUAGGCAAAAUGAGGCUAAAAUCUCAAGCAGAAGCCAUCAAAAAGUCUGCUUACAUCCUCAUAAUACAUUCAGAGUCUUUCUCAGACCAUAGAGAAUGCCAGCAUCUCUUUGAGAUUGCAUGCCAGGCUAAGCCAGCCUCACGCAUGGCCCUACUAAAACUCGACAACACAGCAAUUGCUCCACACAUGGCUCAUAUUGAACAGAUAUUCGAUUUUAGUGGGUAUCAGACGACCUCAAGAUGGUUUGAUCUUGCUAAAUUUCUGAUGCCUAGGUCAUGUACAGCCACUGCCACUACUACUAUGACAUCCACUAAAAAUAUGGCUGCUACUGCUACACCUGUACCUAAUUGUGACACAGAUUAAAAUUAACAAGUUUAACAAUUGCAGAUAACCAAUCUGUAUCUGGUGUCAUCUCAUGGUGGUCAUCAUAGUGUCAUAAAAGUGACUCCAACAGAUACAACUAUGAUUAGGGUUGCUGAACUAUUUUCACAAAAUUAACUGAUCAUUUUAUUAUACAACAUGAAAGGACAUAAUAUCUAUGCUUGCUUGGCAAAUAACACUUGAUUUUAAUAAGUGUGACUUUUAAGAUUAAAUUAAAUUAAAUUUUCUGUAAUAGAUUAUCUAUAUUAGUUCAAUCAAUUUGACAUUCAAAGUUAAGCAUGUAAUAUGAUAACUGACAAUCUUAUAUGGUGAGGAGGUCGUACUGUAUCAUUAUGCAUAAAACAUGUAAUUAACACUCAAUUGUGUCUAUUUCCAAUAAACCACCUUGACACCUUCAAAAAAUAUUGCUCAAGACUGCAGCAUAAAAUUACAGUUCAAGAGCAUUUUUUUUUAUGCUCAACUUCCAUGGGCUUAAGAGAGUAUUAUAUACCUCAUACUAAGAUUGUUAUUUCUGAUUUGUCAAAACUGCAUCAUGUGAAGCAGUGCUAUUUUGUCUAUCAUCGUCUCAGGGGGUUUGACUUACUGUCCAUUUUUUCUAUCAAGCCCUCUGAUAGUACUCGUAACCCGUGAGGGCGGCACCACAGUUUGUGUUUCUACGCAUGCAUCUAGUUUUCUCGAUGGCGCACUGGAGCUGGCUGGCCAACUGGUUUUAUCAGUUGUCCUGGCGUCAGCAGCAGAGCAUGCCCAGGAGUGCAGCUUGUUUAAAUUAAAACAUAAAUGAUUUAGCAAAUCAAAUUGUGAUCAAAGUAACACAAGUGGUCCUGAAAUUCAAUCGAUUGGGGAUAGAGUUAUGCAGGGGCGUCGCUAGGCCUUUUCCAGUAGGGGGGUGUGGAGGCCCUGAUUACCGACAGAUAUCAGUACGAAUUACCAACGUCCCGCGACCAUGAAUCUUGUUCUCUUUAGUCACAUUUUCUUUUGUCAUGCCAAUGAGCAUGCAGUUCCAGUUUUCAUAAAUGGGGGUGGGGGCGAAAGUAUUUUCAUCCGCACUUUCAUGUCGCGGCCGCCUGGAAAACUGGACAUUCUAAGCACUUUUUGUAAAGACUAAUGUGUAUAUAAUUAGACAAUUCAUGCGAGCGGAAAUUUUCAAUAUUCUGAGGGAGAAUUCAAGCACUGUCCAACAUGAAGGAAAAAUGUGGAGAGGAUAAAUGGAUCUCACUAUGCGAGCGUAAAGACUAAUGUGUAUAUAAUUAGACAAUUCAUGCGAGCGGAAAUUUUCGAUAUUCUGAGGGAGAAUUCAAGCACUGUCCAACAUGAAGGAAAAAUGUGGAGAGGAUAUAUGGAUCUCACUAUGCGAGCGUGAAGCGCCAGCUUAGCUUUUAAUGUAGAUUUAGACAUAAAAACAAAACAUUUGAAGCGAUAUAACCUUGAACAGGAUGGA